AUGUCGUCCCAGAAGAAGAAGCGUAAGGAGUCGCCGCUAGAAGAGGCUGACAGCGACCUGGACCUCUUUGACGAAGACAGCGACGUCGAGCCUACCCAGGUUGCACUCUCCACACAGGCGACAGGUACACUUUAG